AUGCUCGUUUCCGGGUUGGAUCGUCGUUUGAUCAUCCUUGACUACCUCGCAGAUGAUACGAAGGAGGAAGGUGGGAAGGAUGGUCUAAAAAAGGAGGAGGUCGGGCUUGAGGUCCCUACAGAGGGGGACGACCCGUGCGAGGACGACGACGAUGCUCCUGUCACCUUGAGUGCGUUGGCCACAUAUGAGUAGCCUUUCCGGGGACGGUCAGCUGACGGUCUCCGAAUGCCUCGCAGUGGGGAUGAUGAUCAUCUCUUUGAUCGUUUCGGGGACUGGUGGUCUCUUAUUCUUUUUUUAUUGGUACCACUCCGACCCCAUCAAGUUCGCACAGGUCGGGGGCUCGCUCGUGAUCGGCGAGUUUGGGUUAGCUGCCGCGUUGACUAGCCAGCGACGGGAAAAGACUAUCAUGUCAGUGAUGAGCCUGGCCCAAGCUCAUACUACGCUGUAUGAUCUAACCUGUCUGAUGUGUAUGCUUACAGUAACGCCAUGA